AUGGCAAGCGGCGGAGCUAACGACCGAGAAGCUGUUGAGUUUCAGUUGAGUCCCUCCUCGUCCACUUUGGUGAAAAUUCAAAGGGGCAAAAUUGCUCAGUGGUCCGUUGAUGGGUCUUCCGACGCCAUUGUGAAUCCUACCAAUGAGAGAAUGCUCGGGGGAGGUGGCACUGAUGGAGCCAUACAUCGAGCUGCUGGUCCCCAGCUAAGAGAAGCUUGCUAUAAAGUCCCAGAAGCACGCCCUGGAAUCCGCUGUCCCACAGGAGAAGCAAGGAUUACUCCAGGUUUUAAGUUAGCAGCUUCUCAUGUGAUUCUCACUGCUGGACCUGUGUAUGCUUCCCACCCUCAUCCUAAAUCCGCACUCGAAAGUUCAUAUAGAAACUGCUUGCGUUUAGCUAAAGAAAACAACAUCCAAUACAUUGCCUUUCCUGCCAUAUCAUGUGGAUACUUUGGGUAUCCAUUUGAUGAUGCUGCUAAGGUGGCCCUGUCAACUAUAAAAGAAUUUGGAACUGACUUCAAAGAGGUCCACUUUGUUCCGGCCGCAGCUGCAGGUUAUGAUGCAUUGGUGAAGGCUGCAAAUGAGCUUCUGAAGAACAACUGAUAUAUUAUAGGCUCAGAUUGUUGGAUAUAUAUAUAUGAUGAUGA